UUGCAGCUCCAGACCAGACGAGGCGGCCCGUUACCAAGCGAACAAGCCAGCGAACAGUUCUGCUGCACCGCCGCGCACGGUCUGACAACAACGACGACGAGAGUGGAGCCCGGACACAGGAACACACUCGUGAGAACAACAACAACAACAGCAACAACAGCAACAACAGCAGUAGACUCUCCUCGACACGGUAGGGGAUGGCAGUGAAUGUGUACUCCACAUCGGUGUCCAUUGACAACCUCAGCCGACAUGACAUGCUGGCGUGGGUCAACGAUUCCUUGCAACUCACCUACACCAAAAUUGAACAGCUGUGUUCAGGUGCAGCCUAUUGCCAGUUCAUGGACAUGUUGUUCCCAGGUUGCAUCCUUCUGAAGAAGGUCAAAUUUCAAGCCAAGUUGGAGCACGAGUCCAUACACAACUUCAAAGUUCUUCAGGCAGCUUUUAAAAGGAUGAGUGUUGACAAAAUUAUUUCUGUGGAAAAGCUUGUAAAAGGGAAGUUCCAGGACAACUUUGAGUUCGUGCAGUGGUUCAAGAAGUUCUUCGAUGCCAACUACGACGGGAAGGAGUACGACCCUUUGCUAGCCAGACAGGGACAGGACAUGGCCCCUGCCCCCAACCCAGGUGAUCACUUUAUCCACAAACCAAAGAGAAACCCAGGACCACAGAGGACGUCUCCGACGGUCCCUAAAAACAUGCCAGCACCACUCCAGCGGGUCCAACACAACACUCCAGCCUUGAGGAAGAACCCAUCUUUGUCUAGAAAUGGGGGAGGGGAUGCAGAGAUCAUGGAGCUAAAUCAACAGUUAAUGGAGUUGAAGUUGACCGUAGACGGACUAGAGAAGGAGCGAGACUUCUACUUCAGCAAACUACGGGAUAUCGAGCUGAUCUGCCAGGAGCACGAGAGCGAAAACAGCGGCGUCCUCAGCAGGAUAAUCAACAUUCUCUACGCAACAGAGGAAGGCUUUGCGCCUCCAGAAGAUGAAGAACUUGAAGAACAAGCUCACCUGGACCAGGAUGAAUACUAAACGCUUUACUCCAACAUGUCCAUCUCUUUUUCUGUUCACCCUCAUUUGUUUUCUACUCUCUCUCUUUGCACGCUUUCUAUAAAUACUUCUCAUUGUCCCCUUUUUCUUUCUUUCUCAUCUGUCUGUUUCUCAACCCGUCGACACGCGGCGUCUCCGCGUCUCCAGUUGCCGCUCAAUCCCUGCCUCCACUUACACAGUAACAAUAACAGUAAUCUACAGCAUAUCCCAGUUAUUUCAGCAUGAAUAACGCAGACGAGAUGGAUGAGAAACAGUGAAUUUAAAGUCUGUAAAUAUUACCGAUGUUUUGGUUUCCGAGAGAAAGCUGUUUUUUGCCAAUUCGGAGGUGUUUACGUUGCCUUUGGUGCGCUUCUAAUGAUUAGAGCACAGAAAAUAGUGCCAUCAGGACACUCCCACAGCUACUAAAACUGUAACAAAAUUCAUUUUUUUUAAAUUAAUAGUUUCUUAUUUAUUUAACUUAUAUUUAAUUUACAUGAACUUUCUGUGGCUGAGUCGGUGCAGAACCUACUGUACAAGGCGUGUGGAAACACUGAAGGAAAUACCUCGGUGUUAUGACAACGAGUGCUCUGCAAAUUAUUAAUUCUUUUUAAUCCAACAGCAGCAUAUCUGAGCAUGAGAAUGUUUAACAUUGACUGUGAAUGAGUGAAUAUUUUGUAAAUUGUGAAGAUAUCGUCUGAGGUUCUUACCGCAGACUGAAAACACGGUGAUAGAUCGUAGCAGUUUGGUGUUAAACCCUAAAAAUACCCGGCAGCCACUGACACUGAAGCUAUACAUUAUUCUCACACGACAGCAGUUUUCAGAGCCAGUAUAUAAUUUGCGGUAAAGAGUUGGCCAGUGAGAUGUCGUUAGUCAGUAUUAACAGGUCUGUUGCAGUUUAACCAUGGGAGUCUUUUGUUGUCCUUCCCAUUGCUCGUUCUGUUUUUGCAAACUGGCUGUCGUCUGCUCUGGCACGCAUCUUUUGGACCAUGUGAAACAUCUAGAGAGAUCACUCAUCCUUUUGAGUUUUGAGUAAAUAAACAGCUGUGAAAUAAACUGUUUUGCACUUA